UAGAGAUUUCUCAUCAAAUCACAGAGGAGGACAUGAUCGAUUGAUCUUAUGAGGAGGCUCCAGAGAGAGAGAGAGAGAGAGAGAGACAUUUGGACUGCGUUUCUGAAACCAUAAUAUUCAACUCAUAGAGGACUCAUAGAGGAUGUUGAUGUUGUUUGGAUGUUUUUGUUGUUUACCCAUUUCUCUUGGCUGAGUGGUUGGAGGAACUUUCCAGUGUCACAUCACCAAACCCUGACUAUGACUCACCUUCAGUCUAGGUUACCGUGUUUUCAUCUGACGCAUAAGAGCGCAUGAAGGGGACAGAGCAAGAGAGGGUCACUUUUUGGAGGAUGUUGUUUUAGAAGGUCGUCUUUGCUCGUUCAUCAAAAGUAUAUCUAUGUGAUUUAGACCAAUAUAUAUGCCUAUCAAUACCAGAGGAAAAGGAAUAUCAGAUCCUAUUCAUAUUUGUUUAAUACUUUUGUAGAAUGCGCUCAAAGGAUGCUAGUAUUAUUUUCUUUCUUCAGACAUGUAUUUUAGCUUGUGAUAUAUUUAAUAACAUUCAAAGGCUAUACUGUAUUUCUUACAAGUCAAAUCAUUUUGUAAAUGGAAGACAAGAUGGGAAGGUGUGUUGUAUUGCUCCAGUGCAAGACUGUUCUAAAAUAGAGGAGGACUCGGAGCUUAACUGCUGUUGGUAAAACCAUACGAUCCUUUACGCAUCACGCGGCGCGCACGCACACACACGCACUCAGAGGAAUAGAGGACAUGCGGAGACAAGAGGAGCGCGCCAGCCGCCCCAAGGAGAACCUCCAGCCGCGUGAAUGACCCGCUGGCAGCAUGCACUCCUGGCCCAACCGAACUGACUGUCUCUCUCCCGUUAACUGCAGCUGGGAGGAUAACUACUGGAACUACUACUUUAACGGGAGCUACCAGGGUCCCGUGCCCCCCGAAAACCUAUUCCCCAUCCCCGUUCUAAUGGGAAUCACCAUCACCUGUACUCUCCUGUUCCUAGCGGGAGUGGCCGGGAAUGUAAUGACUAUACUGGUCGUGUCUAAGUACAGAGACAUGAGAACAACCACUAACCUCUACUUAUGUAGCAUGGCUGUCUCAGACUUGUUGAUAUUCCUCUGUAUGCCCCCUGAUGUGUAUCGGUUAUGGAAGUACAGGCCAUGGAUAUUUGGAGAUACAUUCUGUAAACUGUUUCAGUUCGUUAGUGAGUGCUGUACUUAUUCAACGAUUUUGAAUAUAACCGCUCUGUCCGUGGAGCGGUACCUGGCCAUCUGCUUCCCACUUCGCGCCAAACGCCUGGUCACCAAGCGACGCGUCCGUGCGCUCAUCCUCUUUCUCUGGCUCGUGUCGCUGUUGAGCGCGGGACCUGUCUUCGUUCUGGUGGGAGUGGAGCACGAGACUCGCCCAGCGGCGGGAAACUCUGUGACUGCUGGUGGGGCGGAAGGACAGACAGAGAUAGACACUAGCGAGUGUAAACCCACCCAGUACGCGGUUGAGUCUGGGCUUCUAGCCGCCAUGGCGUUGGUUAGCUCUGUGUUUUUCUUCCUGCCGGUGUUUUGUUUGACUGUGGUGUACAGUUUGAUUGGACGAAGGUUGUGGAAGAGACGGAGAGAGAACAAUAUUGGAGCUAACGUAGCACACAGGGACAAGAGCAACAGACAGACCGUUAAGAUGUUAGCUGUAGUGGUCUUUGCCUUCGUCCUAUGCUGGUUGCCUUUCCACUUGCAUCGUUACCUUAUGUCCCAUUCCUCCGAGGGCUCCUCUCCUCUCUGGUCUCUCUUCACCCAGUACUGCUCCCUUGUUUCCACUGUCCUCUUCUAUCUCUCGGCUGCCAUCAACCCUGUCCUCUAUAACACCAUGUCUAGGAAGUACCGGUCAGCUGCUGCCCAACUGUUUGGUCUACAGGAGACUCAACCACCCAGAGGGAGAACAGCAAGCACUGUCAAAGGAGAGAGUUCACCUGCCUGGACAGAGUCCACUGUUAGCCUGUGACUGUAGCCAAUUUGGAGGGUGAAUGGGCGCUAGAUAUAUACUUCUCUGAUUUUGAUAUGUAGUUGUUGUGAUCAACGUCUUCUUGUGUGUUUUUCAUCAGUGACCACUGCUUUCCCUGGUUGAUCAAACUCAAACAGGCACCAUUAUGGACCAUCAAGUCUUUAAUCCAAGAGAGCACCGGUUUACGCAUAACGUCCAUGAACAUUGAUUACUUAUUGAAAUUUGAUCAUUCCGCCCUGGCCUUGCGUUGAACAUAUUAAUUAUAUUAGCCUCAAGGACUCUGAACGAGACUGUUGCUUUGAUGUCACAACCCGCCCGGCAAAGGCGUUUGAGAAGAUGUUUUAUAAAAUAUUUAUAAAACAAGGCGUUUCUGUCACCCAAAAAGAAGCACACCAUUAGCAACAAAAACUAUUAAACCGCUUUUGAAAUGGA